CAUUUUUAUUUAAAAGACACAAAAUAAGCAAAAAAUUUGUUAAACAUGUCUUUGGAUUCAUCAGUGAGUUCUGUGCGUGCCGGAGAUUGUUUAGAAAAAAAACUAUUUCGCGCCGUUCAAAAAGAUGACAUAAGAUCAAUCAAAUCUUUAAUCGAAUGCGGAGUCAAUGUAAAUGCUAGGGAUGAGGAAGAUAGAACACCAAUUUUCUACGCUGCUGAGAAAGGUUUUACAAAAGAAAUCAUAGUUUUAUUGGAAAAUAACGCGAAAGAAAAUGCUGAAGAUAAUGUUGGAGAGACGUCAAUUCAUCUUGCUGCAGAAAAUGGUCACACAGAAGCCGUCAGAUAUUUAAUCAAAUAUGGAGCAAAUGUAAAUACCGCAAACAACUUUGACCUAACACCACACUAA